GUUAGCUGUUAGCCGUUAGCUGUUAGAGUAACAUGAUUAAAACCCUCCUAACCUCUAAAACUGACGGGGAGUCCGUCCUGUGGCUGAUGUUUGUGAACUCUGAGAAGCUGUCAGAGGUAAGUUCAUGAGUUUGGAUGUUCUCGGUGCUGUAGUUUAUUUCUAAUGUGUAAAAAGCUAACUGAAUCGCUAAUCGCUGCUAGCCUUUAGCUUAGCCUUCUCAUAGGCCAGUACUGUUUAUUCUGCAUUUCCGUUAGCAAUUUGCUAAUUUGUUUAAGACAUUCUGUGUUUUUGUGUCAUGAAUAAAGCUGUAGUUUAUUUACUCAGAGUAAUUCUGUGAUUCAGGACCAGACCGGGAGAGUCCUGGACCUGGACCAGGACCAGAGAUGCUGGACCUGAGCUUGUGGUUUCCCGCCACCUGUUUUUGCUGACUCUGCCCCCUUGUGGCCAAAACUACACGUUACCAUUUGGCCCUUUUCCCACCAUCUUCAUCUCUGACUGUGGAUUCGUGAGUAAAAUCGACACUUUGAUUUUUGUUUUUGUUGGUUAAAGUUAGUGAGCGGUCAUCUGUGUGUUUCCCCGGUCAUUUUGAUUUAUUUGACCCGUCCUGUUCAGGUCCAUCAGGGUUCAUGUGUGAGUCAAAUUUACCGGAGAGUUUGAAUCCUGUUAUCAGCGCGAACUUAAAGGUCGACAGUGAACAAGUUAAUUAAGCAGAAACUCUAAUUCAUAACCUUGUAAUAAAGAUGUUUUUUGGUUGAACUAAAUCCCGUGUUGUAGUUACAAAAGUGACACUUUUUGGAUCAAUACAAACGGGUUUAAGUGACUUUUAUUUUAAAGGGGUAGUACCAACUUUUGUGUUUACUUCUUCGAUUUUAUUGGAGGCAGCGCCAGAUUUGUUUUAUAUUUAUUGUUAACACAGGUAGCUCCAGACGAGCUCAGGCCCCGUCCCACUGGACUACAACCCCCCUGUUAUUUCUCAGUCAGUAUUCUCCAGCUACAUGAGUCAGGGGUCACACAUGCGGUACCUGUCUGACUGGACCAGUCUGUAGAUCUUCCUGGGGUCAGUGGUUUCCUCCAGAACUUCACUGAAAUGUUGUCCUCUUCUCUGCCAGCCGUGACGCCACACCGCUAACAGCGUCUCCUCAAAAUACACUAACACACACACACACACACACACACACACACACACACAGCAGGUUAUCGCUGAGCCAUCAUCUCCUCAGACAGGAGCUGGUCUGUCUUCAGAUGUUCUCACCUAUAGACUGUAUAUCAUAAGAGAAGGUCUCAUGCUGCUGCUGCUGCUGCUGCUGCGGUUUGUGGCUCUUCGGCUCCCCCUCCAGGCCGACUAUAUGAACUGACUCUGUGGAUGAUGGCAGAUGCAUCAGUGUGGAGAUACAGAGAAUCAGGAGAUCAGAUCUAAACAACAGGAACCCUCUCCACAUGUCUCCUGAAAUACUCCAGACUUCAGAGACCUCCUCGUGGUCCUCUACUUCAUCAUCACUGAAGGUCCAACUCUCAGCUGUUUCUGAGGGAACGUGUCUUUAAAGGGACAUUCUGGUGUAAAAUUGGGCUCGGUGUUACGGUGUGUUUGACCCUAACUUAAUUUUACGCUGGAAUAUCCCUUUAAUGGUCGGGGACACAGAGACAGUUUUAAUGAAGGUGGGCGGGCCUUAAUACUAAUGAGGCGGUCUUACUCUCCAGUAGAACCAGCAGCGUGUUACUGUCCAGCUGGUUCACUUGGACCACAUCAGGACAGGGUUUCUCUGCGGGGACACAAACACAGACUCAUCACUCCAUGAAGACCAGCAGGGAUCAUGAGGUUCAGGUUCAGCAGUAAAAACCUACCCAGACCAGAGUUGGUGAACCAGGAAGUGUUGGAGUUCAGGUUGAUGUAUUCCACAAUGACUGGCAGGUUGGGACUGGACCCUCUGGAGACCCCGAUGCACACCAGCGGGUACUCCUGCUGGGGCACCACCACCGUCUCAAACAGCCUCACAGGACUCGGCAGCGGGAAGUCAAAGUGCUGCGGCGUGAGAGGAGAGACGGGACUCAGACCUUCUGCCACAGAAACCAACGAGUCUACCCUGAAAACCAGAACCGCUUUAUGGUCCAAGGUCUGAAACUGACCCACAAACCUAAGAGGGAUCAGAAAAGGUUUGACUUCUCUGCCUGUCCUCGUUUAUUGGCUGCUGUCAGGAGAAAACGCAGAGACACACAGAGACAUCUACACCAGGGGCCUCAUUUAUAAAGCUUGCUUACGCACAAAACCUGGCUAGAAAUUGCGUACGCCACUUCUUAUGCAAGAGUUGGGAUUUAUAAAAGAAAAACUAGUGUAGGAAUGUGCGCAACUUUAAGCAAACUCCACACCUUGCUUACGCACUUUUUGGAGACAAUCGGAGCAAGGUGAGAAUAGUCCGGGUGAUGCGUUCAGCACAACGGAUGACUCGAUGCAGCCUUUCUGUCCUGAGAGCUGCAGCUGCCGUACCAGGCAGUGAUGCUCGCAGAAAGCACAGACCCCACUGUGGCGGUGUAGAUAGUUUGCCAAUUUGAAUUUACAAAUGUGCAAAAAAAACUAAUUCCAUUUACAUGCAUUUGUUUUAAGAUUAAUAUGACUAAAUCUUUUUGGUUUGCGAACUUUAACCACAUAAGCAGCGGUGGAUAACGGAGCGUUUUUUUUUUUUUUUUGAACACAUGCACGAGUGUCACACGUGCAUGUUUUUUUUUUAUUCUCACCUGUCGCCGCCACGCUCUGAUGGUGCAAAGCCUCUUUUUUCUUUGCCUCCACCUUUAGAUCAGAGCACUUCUUCUUGAUUUCGGCACAGUUUUGUUUUCGUCAUCGUCGACGAAAACAAAACUCCACGGGUUUGCGCGCGCGUGCGUGUGUGUCUGUGUGUUGGAGGAGCACAGCAGGCUGAUGACAGCUGUCAGAGCGGACUGAAGCUGCUCCUGUAUGUUUAGCGUUUAACUGACUGAGUUUUGAAACUCUGUUCGUCAUUUUCGUCUCGUCCCAUCAACGUAAACGCACUUUCGUCUCGUCACAUUUUAGUCAUCUCCGACUUAUGUUUAGCUCGUCAACGUUACGUCUUCGUCGUGGAAGAAAAGGGAAAUAUUUUCGUCAACAAAAACAACCAGUGUUGUUCUCGUUGAUGAAAAUAUUUCCUUUUGACGCUGGUGUUGACGAAAAUAUUUGACGAAAUAUGACCAAAACAACACUGUUUCGGCAACGGUGUGCUCAGUGCCAGCCGCAAUUGCCACCACGGCAACGGCGUUUUUAUCGGUGAUGCCACUCGAAUGGCCGCCGAAUAAGGUCUCCCGUCUCGCCGCCACCUCAUUUACAAGAACCUCCACCUCGAUCUCUGAAAAGUUUCUUUUUCUACGACUUGCUGAUGCCAUGGUUAAGCGUGAAAUGCCGUGGAUCCACCAGGCUUAUCUACAUGCAAAUCACAUUCAUGAGGUAAUUUGCAUGACCAUACAUGGUGAAUUUUGGGUGUGGAGAGGGCGGGGAAGAAUCAAAUCCCUGCUGAGCAACUUUCCAGCUGGUCUGUGAUUUAUAAAGGGAAAGUGCGUGCAGGUGUGCGUAGGCAGGGUUUUAUAAAUCAGAUUUUUUUUUUGCCUACGCACUUUUCAGCUUUUCAACUUACGUACACUUUUAGUAUGGAUCCUACGCCAGGUUUUAUAAAUGAGGCCCCAGAACACACUAGAUCACUCUCUGACUGCAGACGGCUGCUGCUGCUGCUGUGUUUACAGGCCAGGACCUGCAGCUGGUUCUGGAUCAUGAAAACCACAAGAGUGAGGUUUAAAGGCUGAGCGUGUUCGUCUGUGAUCAGCUGAUGAGGUCUCAGGGGUCACCUGAUGGGGACUACUCCACCAUGGUUGUUUUACUUAAAGACGAGCUCCACUCGUGGAAAGAUGAGCCGGACUUUCAGACGUUAGAGUCCUGGUGAAAUGUGUCCUUCUGUACCGGUCUGAGGGGGCACAGUGGUCUACUCCAGGCCCUGAACCGUUUGGUUAGAUUCUUACAGACUGACUUGGUUCUGUGUGGGACCGAGUCCAAGUCCAACAGAAGGUGGACAUGGACUUUAACAUGAGACACAAACAGGUGGUGGAGUCAAACAGCAGACUGAUGAAGAGUCUGCUGUGGACUGAAGCAGGUCAAAGGUCAACUGUCUGCACUCACCUUGAUGAGCAUGAACUUGUGCAUGGGCUCGUACCACUGCAGCAGAACCACACUGGACUCCAGAGCACAGCACAGGAACACACAACCUCGCUGUAUGUUAGCAGCUGCAGGAGACACACAAAACACACACAGGUUCCUGUUAAAGGGUCAACUGGACCAGGACCAGUCCAAACCCGGGACUGGGUUUGGUUCCUAUCAGAGCGGAUAUCCAUCCAAAGAGAGGCAGCAGAGCGGGGGAACACACACACACACACACACUGUUCUCCGGUCCUCACCCACGGAGCAGGUCUUGCAGCCUUUGGUAUCUGGUACUUUUGACGUCACGGCGAACUUCCUGCAGAGGAGAGUGUAAAGGGUUAAUAUUCAGACUCAACAGAGAGAGCAUCAGAAGUGUCGAACAGAGAAAGUCCCAGUGUUACCGUGGUAACAGUCUGUGAGUCGGCAAGGCAACCAUCCUCUGGUCUUUCCGAGCCUGUUCGUACAACUCUUUGAGUGAAUGGGAGUGAAGCUGAGAGGAUUUACCUGCAAAGAGCAAAGGUGUUAUUGGUCAGGGUUCGACUCGAACUUUGUUCAUGAGGAGCACACAAAGAACUUUAGGGAUCAAUGAAAACUGAUCAAUAAUGUUUGUCUUAUUGAUCAACCUUAGCACUAUUAUUAGAAAUCAAUUUUAGGUCUUUUGGUCACAUGACAGUGAAGCUAUUGAAGGAAAACAGCCUUUUCUGAGAACAUCAACCGGUAAUUUAUUGACGGUCCCUUAUUCAACACCGACGUUGACAGUGAGGGUGUCGAGUAGAUUUAACCGCGCUGCUGUUGUUAUUCCCGGUUAUGGAGAGUGAGAAGACACCGGUAGAUCCUCAGAGAAUGUCCGUCAGAUAUCCAACCUGAAACUAACUUCACCGCCGUAUUUACAGGAAAAUAUAUCCAACCUGAAACUAACUUCACCACCGUAUUUACAGGAAAAUAUAUCCAACCUGAAACUAACUUCACCGCCGUAUUUACAGGAAAAUAUAUCCAACCUGAAACUAACUUCACCGCCGUAUUUACAGGAGAAUAUAUCCAACCUAAAACUAACUUCACCGCCGUAUUUACAGGAAAAUAUAUCCAACCUGAAACUAACUUCACCGCCGUAUUUACAGGAAAAUAUAUCCAACCUAAAACUAACUUCACCGCCGUAUUUACAGGAAAAUAUAUCCAACCUAAAACUAACUUCACCGCCGUAUUUACAGGAAAAAACAUUUGUUGAUUUUUUUAUUUGCACACGUGACCCUAAAUACAUUUUACAAUUCACACAACUAUUUUUAGUCCCAAACACAAGAGAAACAGUUGCACUGUCGAGUCCUGGUAGGACAGACCAACCACAGCAGAACCGGACUCUCAGGAUCUGAAACCUGGUCCUCUUUGUGGUUGAAGGUCUGAGUGAGCAGGAACUUUUGUCGGAACUGACAGACCAGCUGAUAGACCUGAAGAAGCGUUAAUGUGGUUCCUGCUGCAGGUUCUGAUGUUAACAUGAGAAUCGAACUCCAUAAGGAGAAGAAACAAACUCAUUAGAUAUCACACACAGUGACUGAACAGCAGAUGGUUCAGGGAGUCCAGAUCCUUCUGGUUUCUGCUGCCAUGGUCAGGGACCUGAUAACUGGACCUGAAGCUGAAGAGUGUGGCCAACAAAAGUCCCCCUAAUAGUUCGCUCCCCUUAAAUAUGUUAAUGAAGCAGGAAACUCGCCAUCUUCUACGAUUAAGGACAAUCAUGGUCUUUCUAAGAACCUCAACAUGGAGAAGAAACGGAGACGCCUCCUCUCCCUAAAGUCUGAUCUGGAGUCACACCUCAGUGUUUAGAGAUCGGACCUUCAGACCUUCAGACCCAUGAUUACGAACAGAAACAGGAAACAUGAGAACCACUAAAUCAUCCAACUGGAGCUUCAGCCUGGAUCAUGGAGGACAUGAGCGCCUCCUUGAGGGUCUGAGAUAACCCAUUCAUCGUUCAGUCAUUCAUUCAUUUACCCGACACAGACAUGAGGACGUUACUGAUGGUGUAGACCCAGGUACACUUCCCGGGGUACAGCUGAAAGAGAGCAGAGAGAGGGUUCAGGUUUGACUGUCAGUCAUAUGGAAGCCCCGCCCCUUUACAGACUACACCCUAUUGUCCUACCAGCUCCAUGGUGGCCUCAGAGCCGUUGAGGUUCAGGGUGUAGAUCCCCUCCUCUGCUCCCAGGAUCAAGUGUGUGUCUGAGGGAAACAGAGGCAGGUCAGACCAGAACCACAGACCCAGAGAAAACAAGAGGAUUCACUGAGAACCGGGCUAGACCCAGACCCAGACCCAACCUUUAGUUGUCGGGUUCUCCCACGCCGUGGAGGAGUGAAUUUUCAGAGGACAGCCAUGGAAGAUCUUUUUAAAGUAGACCUGCAGAGAGAGGGGGGGAGGGGGUAUCAGUCCACCUGAUCUACCAACAGAAAGAUCUCAGACUGGACCAGGAGCUUCAGAGAGGGACACUCACCGGAGGUUUCCUCAUGGUGGGGCUGACACACUCUGCAGGAUCCUGAAAAAAGACAGACUGGGUCAGUUUGUGAAGAACCAGGAAACCAAAGAAGACCUGGAGCUCCUGAAGAUGUUCCAACGUUAUCCCUGAGGAUGGACUUCAUGAAGGGUUUUUUUGAGAAAACCUGAACCAGAUUCUGAGGUCUGAUCUACCUUUGAGGGGACCUGCCGUCUGCGUAUGCCUUUAGGAGGGAGCUCCGGAGGAGUGAGGUCUGCUGGGAUGUCAUUCAGCUGGGCAGGUAAGGAGGCGGGGUCUGGACCACACAGAGACAACAAAGACACAGGAGAGGACACGUCUGAUCUGAGUCCUGGUCUCUCUGAAGAAAAGUCUCCUGAGAAAGUCCAGCUGACCGCUUAGGAGAGAAGGAUUGAAUACAUCGAGGUGAGGGUGACACAAGGAGAAACUUUGACUUGAACCUCAUCAUGGACAACAAAAUCAUCCCGGGGCUACCUUCCCAUCCCAGUGAUGGACUCCACCUUCUUUUUUGGGACCCUGUGGACCUAAUUUCAUAUUAUUUUGCUGAGUUGUUGUUGUUGUUGUCUCCUUCAUUAUGCAUUUGUUACAGAACAUGUGGGUCAGUCCCCGGUAUCCCGACUCAAGAAUCGUAGGUGUUACUAAACAAAAAACAACCUUCCGUCAAAUGUGUUUCUGAACAGAUGCCGGAGCUCAAUUAUUGAACUGUCAUCAGCACCACCUGUUGACCAUCCCAGUUGUACAGAGUGUCAUUGUCACAUCAGACUUUAUAAACAGAGAACAUUCUUGUGUGCCAAGUUGAACAAAAUUUUGUGUAGUCAUCUUUGUGAAGCAGCUGCUUGUACAUUGUACUGUUGAGUGAUGUUUCAAAUGAAUACUGUAAUAAAUGAUGAAGAACGGGGGUAAUAGUGGAUCUGAUGCUCGUAUGAAAACAAACAAUAUUUGUCAAAUAAAGACCUCCACAGUCCUGAACAUCUUGUCUACUCUGAGGGACACGUUUAUCAGGAUCUGAAUCACUUUUCUUUUUAUCUCAGUGACAUUUAAAACCAAAAAGGUCUUUUUAGUUUUUCUCAGAGUUUUCUGACGGGGACGAUCCGCUCUAACAGGACGCCUGUUUCACUGCUUAGCCUCACUGAUAAAGAGAGAAUCAGAGAGGUGAGUCUGUGGACCCGGCCCGUCCCGGACUCUGCUGUCACAGUACGAAGGUGGAGCUCACCUGAGUGUCGGAUGGACCGAGGUUUGGGUGUAGGUCUGACGUGUGUCCCACUGGAUGUCCUGAGGAGGGGGGAGGCCGGGGCGUACAGAGAGGAGGGUUUCCUCCCCCGAUCGUCCUCCCCCGCCGCGCUCUCCUCUGAGCUGGUCCGAGUUUUGGGCUGCAGACAUGAAAAGAUGAAGAUGAGGUUCUGAGAAGUUUCAUGUCUGCAGCGGUUUGCCUCAUUUUGAUUACACGUCAAACUCAGUUCUCACGGUUGUUCGGAAAAACAACAACAUGAUGUCAACGCCUAAAAACCGGCGCCAUGUACGUGACUCUGUGAGUCUUCACCUUUGGAGGAAGUGGAGGCGGAGUCGCAUCGGCAGGUACGAUGAGACUGUCAUCAGAGAGAGAGAGAGUUUAUUCAGAGGUUUUAAAAAUCAAAUAUAUUACAACUAAACGUUUAUAAUGAGGAAGAUGAGAGUCUGUGCUCAUGAGGCUGACCUGGAGGAGUGUAACGUCGGGCUGAGGAGGAAGAAUCAAAAAGGUUCGAUUAUAACGACUGAAGAGGAGGAGCAGCAAGAGUAUAAAGACGCUCAUGAUAAAAACCAUGAGUUUUAUUUUUUAAUCUGACUUUUAAACAGGUUUAAAAAACUGUUUAUAAUUUAUCCUUAAAUAUGGAUUUUUUGAAAAAGCGUUUUCUUACAUAUCUACGUCAUCAUAGUCAUCGUCAUCGUCUGACUCUGAGCCCUGAUCCCUGAGAGAGACCAAACAAAUGUUAGCAUGAGUUUAGAGUUUAACCUGAGUCCGCGUCUGAGAGCGGUCUUCUUACCUCACUGGACUUUUGCUGCCAGUUGAUCCCAGAGAAGGUCGUAACUGUGAAACAGAAACAUGAGGAGAACAGAGUCAGGAACUACACAAGAAGAGAGAGAGAGAGAAAAUAAAACUCUGCCGCUAUAUAUUUAUAUUUAUGUGUUUUUAUAUUUAUAUAUUUUAAUAUUUGUGUUUUUGUAUUUGUACAUAUUUAUGUGCAUUUAUAUAUAUUUAUAUGUAUGUGUUUUGUGUUGAUUUGCAUGUUUGUAAAUAUUGCAAACAGCUGUCUCUCAGCAUGUAAAGACCUCAUGCUGCAGGUCGGUUCUGUUUAAAUGGACCAUAAAUCAGUCUUUGUACAGACGGGUCAGCUGAUCGAGUUCGUCACAGCAGGUUGGAUUAAUGUGCUCCAAUAAACUGAGUCUGUGUUUGACCAACUGACCUUUGACCUUCGACUGACCUUUUCAUUCAGUGUGAACUAAAUGGAUGUAUGAAAACACACACACACACACACACGUUUGGACACAGUGUCAAGCUCACCGUGGCGUCUGGAAUGUCGGUCCUCACAGGUCUCCGAGUGUAGAUCUGUUCCACUGAAAGAAAACAGACCUUAAGUUUGGACUUCAGUCCAGUCAAAUAUGAUCCACCAUCAUAACCACCAUCGUUAUCAUCAUCAUCAACCACAACAUCAUCCACCAUCAUCAUCAACCACAACAUCAUCCACCAUCAUCAUCAACCACACCUUGAUCAUCAUCAUCAACCAAACCAUCAUCAUCAUCAACCACAACAUCAUCCACCAUCAUCAUCAUCAUCCACCAUCAUCAUCAUCAUCAUCAUCAUCAUCAUCACCAUCAUUAUCAACAACACCAUCAUCAUCAUGGACCACAUUAUCAUCACCAUCAUCACCAUCAUCAUCAUCAUCACCAUCAUCAUUAUCAUCAUCAUCAUCAUCAUCAUCAACAUUGUCAUGAUCACCAUCAUCAUCAUCAUGAUCGUCAUCAUUACUUUCAUCUUCAUCACCAUCAUCAUCAUCACCAUCAUCACUAUCAUCAUCACCAUCAUCAUCAUCACCAUCAUCACUAUCAUCAUCAUCAUCAUCAUCAUCAUCAUGAUCGUCAUCAUUACUUUCAUCUUCAUCACCAUCAUCAUCAUGGACCACAUUAUCAUCACCAUCACCAUCAUCACCAUCAUCACUAUCAUCAUCAUCAUCAACAUUGUCAUGAUCACCAUCAUCAUCAUCAUGAUCGUCAUCAUUACUUUCAUCUUCAUCACCAUCAUCAUCAUCACCAUCAUCACUAUCAUCAUCACCAUCAUCAUCAUCACCAUCAUCACUAUCAUCAUCACCAUCACCAUCAUCACUAUCAUCAUCAUCAUGUAAACUCAUCGUUUUUUCUUACGGCUGAUGUCGGAGUUGGUCCUCUCGGCCUGGUUGUGUUUGUUGAUGGACUGAAUCCUCUUUAAAGAUCCGGGGAGAGCGACCUGAAACCACAGAGAGACCGUACAUACCUGUUAUCACAGGUGGACGUGUGAGAGACUUCCAGACCGUCCAAUGACUUCAAGUCUGAUGUGGGAACAAACCCUCGAAGGCUGUAAUUACCUCUUUAUUGGUUAUAAUCAAUAAAACUGUUUAACCUUUUAAUGCCCGAAACCAUAAAUUAUUUCCAGAAAAUUCAAAUUUUUUUGGAGCUGAAAUGUUUAUUUCACUUACGACUGAAAACCAAAAGAAUCGAAAUGUCCUUAAAAUUCAACAAAUAUAUUGAUCUUGUUUGAUACUUCAGAUGUUUUUGGAAACUGAUAAACUACAAGAGGACAUUUUUAUCAUUUAUCGGACUGUAUUCAGGUGUUUUUUUUUAGAAAUUUGUUCAUAUUGAUUUGAUAGAAGUAUCAUAAAUAUAUAUAUAUAUCAAAUAUGAUACAAAAAGCAAUAACGGGCUACAGCUCAUCAUGGCGGCUCGUUUUCAAUUGAUCAGAUUCUCUGAUUAAAUCGAUAUCUCAGUAAAAAUCGUUUAAACCUCCAUGUCCUCGUCCUCGGUCACCACAUUGGUCUUCAGUUUCUCAGGGUGUCGAAAUUUCUCCAGCAGGUCUCGGGUCAGAUCCUGGUUCAGGCACUGCUGGGUCAGAAACAUGUGCUGCAGAGAGGAGACCAGAUGGAGAGUCAGAACUGGGGUCAGGGCAGAACCGGCCAGUCCUGAUCAGAGUCUUAAGGCAACAGGACCAAAUCAGUGUGUCCUUAAAAGACCCCCCCAAAAAACCUGGACCAGUACUGACUGAGAGCAUCUUGGAGGCGCUGGGCCUCUUCUUGGGGUUCCUGACCAACAUGGCCUUUACGAAGUUAUAGAACAUGGAUGACCUGCAGAGAGACCAGACCACAGAACUUCAGUCAGUAUGAGAAGAACCCGGGUCCGAAUUCUAUCAGCUGAGAUUGUGAGUCACCAUCUGGACUUGUCCUUCAGUUUGGGGGGCUGGUACCCGCUCUUGGACAUGAGGAACAGAACCCUGAGGGGGGAAAAAACCACAGAGUCAGCACAAAGGGGGUUGGCCAGACCAUCCACAAAACCAGAGAGAGAGAGAAAGAGUGUGUGUGUGUGUGUGUGUGUGUGUGUGUGUCUGUGUGUGUGUGUGUGUGUGUGUGUGUGUGUCCAGUUGGCACCAACAGAAAAGGUGAACUCUGCUGUGAUUGUGUGGACAGGUGUGGACAGAUGAACACAGGUGUGGACAGAUGAACACAGGUGUGGACAGAUGAACACAGGUGUGGACAGAUGAACACAGGUGUGGACAGAUGAACACAGGUGUGGACAGGUGUGGACAGGUGUGGACAGAUGAACACAGGUGUGGACAGAUGAACACAGGUGUGGACAGGUUGCACAGGUGCUCUUCUGCUGACGUGUGCGCUCACCUCAGCGGAUGGACGUCAAACAGCGGCGGCUGCAGCUCGGCCAGCUCGAUGGCUGUGAUGCCCACCGACCAGACGUCACAGAGUUCGUUGUAGCCGCCUUUAAUCUCCACUGCUGCCACCUCUGGCGCCAUCCUGAGGACAGGAGGAGGACAAGCAGUCAUGAGGGAAACUCUUAAAACCAGAGCUGGAUCGAUAGUCCAUUAGAGUCCCUGUUCCUGAUACUGGUCCCCUCUGUAUGUUGCGUUUAAUGUCACAAUGAUUUGAUUAUAGGGUCGGUCAAAGCAAUCAUGUCCUUACCAAUAUGGCGUCCCGAUGAAGGACAUCCGCCUGGCCAGAGUGGCUGUGAUCUGAGCCGAGAUCCCAAAGUCAGCUAAGCAACAGAAAUGGAAGAAUAAGUUUUAUUCAUCACCAACAACCCAGAUCCAGAAUGAGGACCUAAACCCUGAAACUUGUCUGAGGUCAGAGAGCCGACAUCAAGAUCAAGAAAACAUCAAGAUGUCUGAUUUAUGCCGUCACUCUUGGACAGGUGACUCAUCUGAGCCACGGCGUUCAGAGAGAAGUGGAAGGAGCAAACAUCGACCCACCCAGUUUGACCUCGCCCUGAUCGUUGAGGAGGAUGUUGGCACCCUGGAGGAGGAAGAAGAGGAGGAGACACAUGUGAGACAUAGAUAGAAGAACCUGAUCAUACAGAGACUCCUGUUGACCCACUUGGUGAUCUCACAUCUGUUCACCCUGAAGCUCUCUCUGAAAGUUCCUUUGACCAUUUCCAUUCCAUUCCAUUUCUCGUUAUGUUCUCUAAAUGAUCAGCUGAUCUCUGCCCUAGUGUUUAUAUUUCUCCGCUCCUGACCUUCUCCAUCUUCCAGCUCCUUGAAGCUGCUGAGAUAAUCUAAGAUGAUCAGUGACCCAGGUCCCCCAAAACUCAAAGAAGUUAGAAAUGUGUUCACCUUAAUGUCCCUGUGGAUUUUCUUCUGUGCGUGUAGGUAGUCCAGGCCCUGAUCACACACACACACACACACACACACACACACACACACACACACACACACACACAGGGAAAGUCAUCAAACUGUUGUAAAUCUCUUCACUUCCCCUCAGACAGACCCUUUAUGGUGGACCAGGUCUUCAUAGUUCACCUGUAGCAUCUCCCUGCAGAUGUAGGCGAUCUGAGGUUCUGACAGAGGACCGGUCACUGUGGACGAUAAAUAAUGAGAGUCAGAGGAGGACAGGAACAGGAGGAUCUCAGCUGAGUCAGGAGUCCAGGAUCAUAGAGGAUCCACUGUGAUCCAGACUUACAGGCAUAAAGUAUUCAAAGGUGGUUUCAGACCAGCUGUUGGUCCAUCAAACCCUCAUCAUCCUGUAAAAACCUGCUGCAGCUGAUUCUUCUGGACUAACAGUUACUUAACCCCCAAUUUCCACCUGAUCGUCUCCUAAAAGGUCGUAUCCUCCGAUCGUAGCUGAUCGUAAUCAUUCAAGUUAACGUGUCAAUUUACACCGACUUCUUUCCGUUCCUCUGCGGAUCGCCGGACUCCUCAGCUGAUCACAAGAGUUCUAUUUUUUCUGGACGCCGGAGCAUGGCGGAUAAAUUCAGCACAGAUUAACCCGUGCUGGAAAGGAAGUCGGGCACAGACUUCAAAAUAAAACAUCCGGCUUCUUUUCAAAAUAAAACACUCCGUGUUUCAGGAGGAUCGUAUUUCACACCAUGCAAACGGGCGGAGACGAACAAGUGAAAGGUUUUUAGACGUCAUUUCACCCCGAUGACACCAUGGAUGAGGAGAUGCUGAUUCUAGAAGUCUAGAAGUAGAUUUCCUCCUCUGGAAGGACACAAUCUACUGCUUAUAUGUCUAUGUGUCUGUCUUUAGAGAGACAACUCGUUAUCGCGUGAUUGAACGGGAAUCGAUGGGUUCUUGUGAGUUCUCGUGAUUCCCGCUGUCCAUAAUCCGCCGUGAAAUUGGCCUCACAAACGGAUCCGUUAGGAAUUGGUUUAUGUUGAAAAAUCACAGCCGUUCCAGAUGUGGUGGAAAUCCCGAGUAAGACUGAGGAGAAAUCCAGUAUCCUGACAAGUCCACAGAAAUUGGGUCAGCUGGAGAGCAGACUGAAGUCCAUCAUCUGGUGUUUAUUAGAGGAUCACAUCACCGUCACCAUACUUUGACCCUCAACAACCUUUACAUCAUGUUUUGUUCUGAUUUCUGCGGUUUAUAAAAACGGUGUCAGAGAUUCUUCAGACUCUGAAAACCUCCACAGGUACAGGACCUGAGGUGAUGCUGGAUCAAUACUUCCCAGACUCUGGAUUCUGGACUUCCCCAGAAGCUCCUCUGAACCUGUCAGUGAGGGUUUUGGUUGAACAGUUUCAGACCUCCAUCGUUGGUCCUGCUUGGUUACAUGGUCUAACCCUGUUACAGUCACACUGUAUAAUAAUCUACAUGAAUGAUCUCUAGGAACAGUAGGAACAGAAAUCUCCCUCACCGUGGUAGAUGUCCUGCAGGGAUCCUCCUCCACAGAACUCCAUACAGAUCCAGAGUUUAUUGGCUCUGCAGAGAGAGACAUCUUUGUGAACUCUACUCUCUACAUUUCUAUGAUUCAAGGACUGAGAGGAGAAACAGUUUACCGUAUGUAGCUGCCGUAAUACGCCACGAUGUUGGGAUGUUUGCAGCUCUUUACGAUGAUGAUUUCCUGCUGGAUGAUGGAAAAAUCAUCCUCUGUGGAAACCAAGACACGGAGCAGAGACACUUAUUUACUGAUCCACAGACGGUGAAGCUGGAGAGCAGAAUCAUCUCUGCUGAUUCUGAGGAAAAACUCCAAAUGACAGUAAAGUACUGCUGAUGUUUAGUCUGGGUUUACUGUAAAAGCUGUUUCUCAGAGAUCAUGAGGAGGGUUGGUGGAUUCUUCAUGGUCUUUGUCCCGACUGUUUAUUAUUAAAUAUAUGAUUUCAUAUAUUUAACUCAAACUAAAGAUGAUCAAAGUCUCAUCCAUGAUUCAGAAAAGCACAAAAUACAGAAAGGGUCCUCUCACCUGGCUCCAUCUUGAUGACCUUAAUGGCUGCCAGCUCUCCAUUCUGCUUGUUACGGGCCUAAACACACACGCACACACACAAACACACACACACAAACACACACACACACAGCUCAUUAUUUAAACAGUUAGAGAUGUUUGCUGUGAGCAUGUGCGAGGGACAGAGAGGGACAUUUAACUGCCAUGCCCGAAUCGUUCAAAGUGUAAUGUGCGCAUGCCCAUAAUGGAGCGUGCUGUCAGUGUUUUCCCAGCUACAGAGCGCCAUCCAUCUGUGAGUAAAAGGAUUUGUUUAUAUGUUUACUACACCGUUGGACAUCUUCCGGUCCGUUUCCAUGCGUCACCCGGGAAUCUUCGUGCUGACUGGUUAUUGCGACACAGAUAUCCGCUCAAGUUGAAUUCGCCUCUUUUGUGGGAAUAACUCGCUCAAUUUGCGUGUUUUGCACCGCCAGAGUAGAAAGAUCAUCAAAUCUUGUCUUUGCAUAGACUUUACAUUUACUUCAUUCACGCAAAUGAUUUUACUUGCACCUGGUGUGAAAGCCCCUUGAAGUUCUUAAACUCUGAACCUCUGAUUGCCUCUAAUAUCCAGAGGUUGAGUCUUGUUUGUGAAGAACAUACUGCAUGAACACCUCACUCCGACAUCUGUUGGACCACAGCAGCUCCAAGAAUAUCAAGUCUUAUUAGAAAGAGGUGAGACAGAUAUUAAUCAUAUUUAACAUUGUCAUUUAUCAUCUGUGAUAUGAAGCUGUUGAUCGGAGUUUCCAUUAACUUUCAUUCCAGUUCAUUCUAUCACACCUCAAAAAGUUUAUAUAAAAAUUUACCUUUUAUCGUCAAAAAGCGAAAAAUGACUCUGAAACUCAGCCCCAAUUAUACUUGAGAUAUACGAGAAUAAAUCAAUGAGACUUUAGAGAUAUAAGGAUAAAUAUAUGAGUCUAUAUAUAUAUGAAAAUGAGACUUUGGAAUGAUCAGAAUAAAUAAAUGAAAUCAUGUAGUCAUUAAACUUUGAGUGAAGAAACAGGAGAAACCUCAUAGGUCACUGAAGCUGGGAGAGAUAAAAUCAUGGAGUCAAAACAGGAAGUGAUUUUUUUAGUGAGGAGUCAGUGAUGGAUGAUCAGAGGUGGACCUGGUCCUAAAGUGAAGAUGAAGCUCUCUGUUCACAGUGACUCCAGAGUGAAUUGAGAUGAUGAUGACGUCACACACUCAGCAGAUGAAGACGAGACGGAACAGCAGCAGCUGCAGCAGCUGCCCACCAGCUGCACUGAGAGGAAACACCGGCCCACCCUCCACCACCCUGACACACACACACACACACACACACACACACACACAGUCAUCUGUGUACCGGGUCAGAGGAGGCGGGUCAGGAGGGAAACUAAGAACCAGACAAAUCUGCUGACUCAGGGUUCAUCCUCUCACUCAGCUUUCCAUCCGGCCUGACGCAGGAGCCGGGUCUGCAGAGGAAUAACCGUCACUACAACAAGGUUCAAGAGAGGCACAACCAAGAUGGCUGCCGCUGAUGUAACCCCGCCCUCUGCACCUCUGAGGAAGCAGACAGGCUGGACUGUGACUGAAACGUCUCCAGAUCCAGGAUCAUCAGCCUCCAUAAAUCUGGGAGGACUCAGAGAGGAGGAGGUUUCUCAUCAAGGCGCUGAAACACAGGGUCAUGUGACACAGAUGUGGACGGAGAGCAUGAGGUGGACUCCUCAGCUGUGACAGGCGGCGCAGGAUUGAUUCAGCUGGAACAUCUAAAUCAUGGUCGAACCUUCACUGAGCUUUGAGCCGACUCUGUUCUCUGAGUCUGUGGAAAAUCAUCGGCCCUCUGAGCGACAGUCAAACAGCGGAAAGUGGAAUGGCGUGCUGCGGUCACGGCGAAGGAUGAUCACAAAGACCUCAGAGACGAAGUGUCUUUAUUUAGAUUUCACUAACACCUCCCCAAAAUCACCAACACCACCCGUCUGACUUCCUGAUGUUUAGUGUCCUUCCUGUCGACUCCUCGUCACGCCGCGCUCAGAUGAGUCUGCAGACUGAACGAAUGAAAUGAGACCAACUCCACGCCGUCUGACACGCUUCAGUCAUGGAGGUCGAUACACUGAGCUGACGAAGCUUUUUCUACCAGAUCCACUUUCAGUUUGAAACAACAUGAAACCAUCAGACAGACUGAGAACGCCACAUCAGCUCGCACUAAACUCACACCAUCAGCUCGCAUUUACAGCGCGCUCACUUCGAGACCGCAGGGACUGGGACUCAGGACUCUGCUGACCUUCAGGGGGCUCUGAAACCGGGUUUUAAAUUAACCUCAUGAACCCGGUAGAAAAGGACACUGCCGUCUUAUUUAGGAAACAUGGGCGAAGAUGACGCCAUGACGUCAUUCGCUGCUUUCUGAAGCCCAAAGAUGGCGGUGGCUGUGCUGGAAACACUGACUCUAAAUACCUUUAAACCGCCAACAGGCAAAGGAGGUGGAGCUAAAGCUUCCUGGCAAACAGUUCAACACACCCACCUGUCUGUCAAAGUAGCCACACCCCUAAACGUCCCUCAUUGGUCACGGCCUUGAUGAUGUCAGAAGUAUCAGAGAAAUGAGCGAUUCUGUCACUCGCAGAAUUGACCAUCUCUCACUUAUUUCCUCUUUCUCCUGUGACGUCAUCAUUUGUUUUCUGGACACGCCGUCAGACCGCGCUGUUUUGGCGUUGGCGCUGUGUGACCAAUCACAGUUUAGCACACUCAUUUCCAGUGUGGCGUGGAGACAGCAGUCUGAAGUUUCAGUCAUUUUCCCCGUGUUGUUUUCUCUGUGACACGUUUUCAUGUGUUUCUGAUGGUGGAGUUUCCCGCCGCCGUCACACUGAGCACGCUCACAAAGGUGUUGCUGAGUGGGCCGACCUUUGACCUUCAGGCUGACCCAAAUAUGACCCGGACUUUUUUACCCUGAGGCUGAUUAUUCAGCACUGUGACUUAUUUCAGAGGAAAGUUCUGAUCCGGAGCUUCAGAACUUUCAGACAGAGGAACCCGAGCAGCCCUAAGAUCAUGGUUCUGAGAAAGUCCGGUCCAUGGUCCGGAUCAGACACUAAUAUCAUCCCUGAGUGACCCGGCAGAGGAACCCGAGUCUGUCUGAGAGCAGGUCACCGAACAUCUGAGUUUUUAAGGUCGGUCAACAUGUCGUGGAAACAAAACAGACACGUGUGUGUGUGUGUGUGUGUGCGUGUGUGUGUGUGUGUGUGUCAUCCCACAGACCCACAGCAGCUCCAGAACCGACCCUGAAACAACAGAGACAGUGGAAACUCCACCCGAGAGGUCAGUGAGGGGAAACACACUCCACAAUAAACAACCAAACAAACACACACACAAACACACACACAGAAACACACACACAGAAACACACAAAAACAAGUCGGACGUCAAAGUGAAAACCGCGGACACGACCACAGCAACGUUUCCAUCUGCACAUGUGUGUGUGUUUGUGUGUGUGUGUGUGUGUGUGUGUUUUCUCUGAGGACGGUCUUUCCUUUCAUCGACCUUUUAAAGACACACUAACUUCAGACCUGAGGUCAAAGGUUACAGAGAGGAGAGACUGUCUGAACCUGAUCACCUGACUUCCUGUCUGACAUCAUCACCUGUGUUCAGGUAAAAAAGGUCCAAACAUGGCCGCCCCUGUAGAGGGAGAACAGGUCCGUUUGUCAUCUGUGUCCGAUAUAAAGGUUCAGACAUCAGGGAUACAGAACCACAGACAGAACUACGGACAGACAGAACCACAGACAGAACUACAGACAGACAGAACUACAGACAGAACUACAGACAGACAGAACUACAGACAGACAGAACCACAGACAGAACUACAGACAGACAGAACUACGGACAGGCAGAUCCACAGACAGACAGAACCACAGACAGAACUACAGACAGAACUACAGACAGACAGAACCACAGACAGACAGAACUACAGACAGACAGAACCACAGACAGAACUACAGACAGACAGAACCACAGACGGAACUACAGACAGACAGAACCACAGACAGAACUACAGACAGACAGAACCACAGACAGAACUACAGACAGACAGAACCACAGACAGAACCACAGACAGAACUACAGACAGACAGAACUACAGACAGAACCACAGACAGAACCAAAGACAGAACUACAAACAGACAGAACCACAGACAGACAGAACUACAGACAGACAGAACCACAGACAGAACUACAGACAGAACUACAGACAGACAGAACUACAGACAGACAGAACCACAGACAGACAGAACUACAGACAGAACUACAGACAGACAGAACUACAGACAGACAGAACCACAGACAGACAGAACUACAGACAGAACUACAGACAGACAGAACUACAGACAGACAGAACCAUAGACAGACAGAACUACAGACAGGCAGAACCACAGACAGAACUACAGACAGACAGAACCACAGACAGAACUACAGACAGACAGAACUACAAACAGAACCACAGACAGAACUACAGACAGACAGAACUACAGACAGACAGAACUACAAACAGAACCACAGACAGAACUACAGACAGACAGAACCACAGACAGACAGAACUACAGACAGAACUACAGACAGACAGAACUACAGACAGACAGAACCACAGACAGAACUACAGACAGACAGAACUACAGACAGACAGUUUCCCUCUAUGAAGUGAAAAAUUCAAAAAUGUUUUUUCUGGUCUGUCAUAAAAUUUUAGUUCACUUCAUUUUUAGACAUGAAUGUGGAUGUACUCACACACACACACACACACACACACACACACACAGACACACACACAGACACACACACGCCCAAACCGCACACUUUCUGCAGUAACCUAACAGGAUUAACACAGCUAUGCUUGUUUAUCUCACUUCUUGAUUUUGUUUCUGGUUGAACACACACACACACACAUAUACACGAACACACACACACCACAGGUGCAGCCUUAUCUGUGUGUGUGUGUGUGUGUGUGUGUGUGUGUGUGUGAGAGAGAGAGGCUGCAGUUCUGAAACAAGAGCGGAACACAAGUUUAACCUUUAUACCGUCCACAUCAGACACAUCUGAUAAGGACAGACGGACAGUUUCAGAGUUUUAGAGUUUCAGAGUUUUAGAGUUUUAGAGUUUCAGAGUUUUAGAGUUUUAGAGUUUCAGAGUUUUAGAGUUUCAGAGUUUUAGAGUUUUAGAGUUUUAGAGUUUCAGAGUUUCAGAGUUUUAGAGUUUCAGAGUUUUAGAGUUUCAGAGUUUUAGAGUUUUAGAGUUUCAGAGUUUCAGAGUUUUAGAGUUUUAGAGUUUCAGAGUUUCAGAGUUUUAGAGUUUCAGAGUUUCAGAGUUUCAGAGUUUCAGAGUUUUAGAGUUUUAGAGUUUCAGAGUUUCAGAGUUUUAGAGUUUUAGAGUUUUAGAGUUUCAGAGUUUCAGAGUUUUAGAGUUUCAGAGUUUCAGAGUCAGUUAAACUGGAGUGAAAUCCAGCCCUGUAUGCUCUAGUGAAAAAUGUCUCUGACCAAACAGCAAAAACAGAUCGAGACAACAAACCUGAACGUGUAAUAAAAGAGACUGAGGACAGACAGGGGAGUCCAACUGAGGACAGACCAGUCAGCUCAGAAGAUAAGAUCUCCAUAGUGUCCAUGUCCACAGAGUCAGUGUCCAUGUUGUCCUCAGUGUUAGUGUCUGCGUCCUCAGUGUCUAUGUCCUCAGUGUCAGUGUCUGUGUCCUCAGUGUCAGUGUCUAUGUCCUCAGUGUCAGUGUCUGUGUCCUCAGUGUCAGUGUCCAUGUUGUCCUCAGUGUCAGUGUCUAUGUCCUCAGUGUCAGUGUCUGUGUCCUCAGUGUCAGUGUCUGUGUCCUCAGUGUCAGUGUCUGUGUCCUCAGUGUCAGUGUCUAUGUCCUCAGUGUCAGUGUCUGUGUCCUCAGUGUCAGUGUCCAUGUUGUCCUCAGUGUCAGUGUCUAUGUCCUCAGUGUUAGUGUCUGUGUCCACAGUUUUAGUGUCAGUGUCCAUGUUGUCCUCAGUGUUAGUGUCAGUGUUGUCCACAGUGUCAGUGUCCAUGUUGUCCUCAGUGUUAGUGUCUGUGUCCUCAGUGUUAGUGUCAGUGUCCAUGUCGUCCUCAGUGUCAGUGUCCAUGUUGUCCUCAGUGUCCAUGUUGUCCUCAGUGUCAGUGUCCAUGUCGUCCUCAGUGUUACUCAGACCCUCCCACACUCACUGAGGGGUUUCUGGUCUUGGAGAAGUUCACAGGGAGUCUUUAGCAGACGAAUCUGUCUGUAUGGGGGUCAUGACCUUUGACCUGUUAAACAUGUUUGUGAUUAAAGGUGAAGGAAGAAAUUGAGAGCAGAGGAAGGAUGGACCAUCUGAUAACUUCCUGAGGAAGGAGAGGUGAAUUAUGGGGGAUAAUGAGGAAGUCAAACCUGGAAUAGAAGACAAAGUGGGAGAAACAUUUGUAAAAGAUAACUGUCGUAAAUGAAACCGUCGUUAGAAUAACUACAGUCAGUCUGUGUGGAUCCUGUUUACACUCAGAUCAGGGUGAGAGUAGAGCUGAGCGAUCUGUGAGAAAGUUAAUCAGGAUAUAUUAUUGAUUUCAUAUCAGCUGAUAUGGAUCAAUAUCAGGAUCUAAAAAUCUAACAGUGUUUCUUGGUCUCAUGUCUUUUCCAACACAAUAAUCUCCUGCAUCUGUGAGGUCUUUGUGUCUCUUUGGCGUUUUGUCGUAAGGCGUCGCUCUAGAGAAAGCCGACUGAAUGGUCGUCUGUUUCAGGCGCCAUGGGCUCCUCGCUCCUCUCGGGGUUCGUAACCUUUGGCGUUGCGCGUGCUCUGCGGCGUGGCGCUGCUUCAGGUGGUGAAAAAGAUUUGAGGUAUUCCCCGACUUUGUGAGAACAUGUACUCGACAUAAUUUACAGUCCACAUUACUCUGCUUCAUGUCCGACCUCCAAAAACCAAAAUACCUCCACACCACCGACGUUUUCCUAACGCCAGUGUUGUGGUUGACAUUGAUGUGGUCAUCUGUUGAGCCUUCAUGGUCAUUUCUGUCGGGGGUAGCACUCAUUUUCUUUGUUUCUCACCAACAGUGCUGUCGGCUUCACCUGUUAAAGUGCUAUGGUUGGGUGGAGCUGCUGUCUGCUACGACGCUGCAGUUGGUUGAUACUUGGUUCUAAUUCAGAACAUGAUUGGUUCAGACCCGGAGAAACUCCCCUUUUCAUUGGCUGUUCGUAUAGUCGACUAUUGAAAAGGAUAUUGAUCAUGUUUUAUAUUGAUAAUGAGGGAAAUUAGUUUUAGAUAUAUCUCGUUAUGGUUUUAUGGCCCUAGCUGAGAGGCUGAAUAUGAUCGAUCGGAGUUAUCGGUGUGAGCGAACACCUGAGCAGGAUAGAGCUGAACACGGGUCGCUGUGACUGGACUCCACAGGUCCAUACUGUGAUCCAGUCUUUCCACAGGUGACCCUGAAUAACAACCAAUCACAGUAUCUGAUGAGACUUCAGGAGGGCGAAUGUCCCACCAUCAAGAUGAGAACGUCUAAACCCAAGACCUGAGCCAGCUGCAGACCCAGGAGGACCCCAGGAGGUCUGAGUUUAAACCACCACCAGGAGGGACUGAACAGGUGUGUGAGAACCAACACCCCUGAGUCAAGAGAGAGGGUACUGAGCACAUAAUGUGGGUCAGAGUCAAGGGUCAAGGGUCAGGGGUCAGAGAGGGUGUUAACCAGUGUUGGGUAGUUAUACAUCAUCAUCAACGCUGUUACUUUAUUCUUUAUUCUGUUACCAAACGCUGCGUUACUCCGUUCCUAUUGGUGAAGGUUUAUGACAUCACACGGUUCCCAUAACAUUUCAGUGAAAGCACUUGUCACUGUCUGGCGUCACACACGUAAUCAAACCUGCGCCAUGAAGAGGACUGGACAGGUCAGGGAACGGCAUGAUGGUGAGCGUGAAGGAUGAGAUCAGUUUGUCCUCGUGGAGAUUAUUUUCAACUCCAGAGCAAAAAGAAAAACAACAUUUGGGUAACAUGUCAACUGUCCCAGCGAUCUACUGAAGCGGCGAGAAGAGCGGCGCUUCCACAAAGUUAGCAGCUAAGGUAACGCAGCAUCCGCGACCGAGACUCACAACAGCGAGCACACACCCACUCCACCCGAGCAGCAGCGGUUUGAGUUCAAAAGACGACGGAACAGAUAAAACGACGUCAUGGUUUGUUUAAUCGUCUGUUUGACCUCUUGUAGCGGUAUCAGGCUGUUAUUCCGACAGUCCGACGGUAAAAUGUCGGCGUUAGUGUCGAGGUUUGUGUUGGUGCGGAUUGGAACGGCUCAUAUUCAGAUCAGAUUCAGUGAUGUAGAUGUAUGACGUAGAUGUACAUGAAUGUAAACGUUUGUUUUAUUGAUCAUCAGUACAGAACUGAAAUGAACUUCAUCAAUCCGCCUUUAUAAAACGGGAGCAGUGGAAGAACGUUUUACAGGAACUAAAUAGUUCUUUCUCAGUAACGCAUCAGUUUUUGGUUUCAGUAACUGAGUUAGUUUUUUUUUAGUAACUGUAACUCGUCAGUAUUUUUCAGUAAUCAGCACAACACCGUCCAGAACUCCAGACCGGAUCAGAUGAGCUGAGAAACACAGUAACCGCUCAGCACACGGAGUUAGCGUUACCUUCAACGUUAGCUUCAACGUUAGCUUCAACAUUAGCGCUUUAGCACCGCCAUGUCAGCCUGGAGGAGCGCUGCACCUGUUAGCACGGCUGCAGACCGAGCAGCAGGUCUGUUCCAGGUGUUAGACCACAUAUGUCAGAGUCAAGGCCCGCGGGCCACAUCCGGCCCGCGAGAAGGUUUUUUACGGCCCCUGGGAUGAUCUUGAUUUAUUAUUAGAACCGGCCCGCAGACCGCAGCAAGCCGGCAGCCCGCAGAUCUUUUACACGCACCAAUACUACAUUUCCCACAAUGCAACGGUGACGCACCGAGCAGUAGGCUGCUUCAUUUCAAUAUUUAUUAGCACAGCAGUCGUCAGAAUAACAGUAAAAUUAACUUUCAGAUACCCAUCAAAAAUGGCAAAACGGAAGGUGGACACUGAGAACCGGGGGUUUCAAACAAGGUGGGAGUCGGAGUAUAUGUUCACGGAGGUAGCUGGUAAACCUGUGUGUCUUCUGUGUGGAGAAAGUGUGGCGGUACUGAAAGAGUGUAAUCUGAGACGACAUUAUGAAACGAAACACGUUUUUAUUGUAUUUCAAUCCAAUUAUAUUUUAAAAAUAUUUCAGUUGAGUGGAUGAUAGAAAAUUGCUAUUAUUAUUUUUUUCUUUGAAGUAAAUUUAGCCCACUUUUGCUAAAAUAGAAAAUAUAGGCUACUGAUGGUGCCUUGAAUAAUACCGGUUUCUUUCAUUUAAUGUUCAUGUUAUGGGGAUUUUUAUAUAAAGGAAAUUUGUCUUUUGUGUCUGUUGAAAAUUAAAGAUUACUGACAGAGCCAUAAGAAAAUAUUGCUUUAUUUAUCUGAUCAUAUUGGAAUAUAUUUGUUAGGUUUUCAGUAGGUUCAGUUAGGUUCACUAGACUAUAUGCGUCAUUUAAAAAAUUUUCAAUGAACAUUCGAUCAGUCCGGCCCUCGGCUUGUAGCUAAAUUUUUUAUUUGGCCCUCCGUCCAUUUGACUUUGACACCCCUGUGUUAGACUGUACCAGGGCUGUGUGUAUAUUCAGAGGACAUGUUUGAUUUCCUCUUUAAUGAGGAGAAAAAGAGAGUUUCCCUCAGAGAAGGAUCCAUCCACAAUGAAGGAGCUGAAUGAAGCAGAAAAGAGUCUCUGAGGAGGAGGAGGAGGAGGAGGAGGUGCUGCAGCUGGUACCUCCUCCUCCUUGGCUGUGCUGGGUCGUUGAACACGUUAAACCAGCCGCUGUUUCAGGGUUACAUUAAAGCAGUGGGAGUGUGACGCCGCCUCAGCGUUCAGAAAUGUUGUCUGGGAACAUGCCAUCAUCACACACACACUCACACACACACACAGACACACACACACACACACACACACUUCCACUGAUUAAACUUUCAGGUUUGAUGUUUCGUACCAAACCACAAAAAUAGAUCUGAGUUCUUCUUCUUCUUCUUCUCCUUCGUCUGUAUUUCUGCAGUUCUGCCGUCUGUGGUUUGGUUGGUUCUGUUCUCCAGAACCAGACGGCAGAUGUUGAAGGUUCUACAGAGCAGAUCAGUGAAGAACAUGAGUGUGAACUAGUCAGAGGGAAAGUUCAGCAAACAACACAGAUCAUGAGCACAGCCCUGACUCACACUGACUGACUGACUGACUGUUCACCUGACGACACGAACCCGAGUCUACAACUGAAGGUCCACACACACACACACACACACACGCACACACACACACACGCACACACACACACACGCGUGCAGUCACAAACAUGUCUGUGAAUUUGUGUUCAUGAGUCUGUGUGGGUGUGAUCAUAUCUGUUGAAGGGUGUGUGUGUGUGUGUGUGUGUGUGUGUGUAGCAAGGACACCAAUGCAAAUCCGUGUGUGUGUGUGUGUGUGUGUGUGUGUCUUUCCUCUCAGCAGUGUGUGUGUGCUGACCUGUUUAGAGGAAGUGUGCUCACUCUGCAGAGAACCUGCUUUGCAUGAGUGUCAAACCCGAGUUCGUCUGAGAGAUUCACAAACACCGACUGAACUCAGAGACGUCUUUAAGUGUUUUUGAGGAGGUCCGACCUUCACCGACCUUCAGCAGAGAAGAUCGGAGGUUAGAAGAAGAAGAAGGACAACAGAGAAUAAAAGAUGGCGGCGUGAUAAACGAUCGACCAUCUUAGCAGUUUUGAAAGCGUUCAUGUGAAGAUGUGAAGUUUUCAGAACGAGGUCCAAACGUUCAAAGAGAAUAAAUCUGACACUUCUAUAAUCUGGAUUAACGAGUCCAGGCUGAGGUCUCUACUGAGAUCAGUCCAGGUCCAAUCCCAGCCCAGAACACAUGCCAGACUGUCAAGGUCAAGGGGGACAAGAAGGUCAGAACUGAACCUGAGCGGUCCACUCAAGACCAGCAGGUGAACAUCAUGUCCAGUUUUUACUGGGUCCAGGUUUUUGCAGAGAACCCCUUCAUGGUCCUGAUGCAGACCGUGACGUGAGAACCUGGUCUCUGUACCUGGUCGUUCCAAAGUCUCUAAAGCUGAUCGAUCUUUGUCCAUCAGAGCUCCUCGACUUUGGAACGACCUUCAGAGGAGAGAAGGAGAACAGCAGAGACAGACGCUUCUUUAAAAACUCACUUUUACAGACUUUAAUAAUGAGAGGACGUCUUUUAUUGUUUCAUCUCUCGCUCAUUUCUGUUCCUCUAUUUUAUCAUCACUGUUAUUAUCAGGAUUACCUGUUAUUAUUAUUUUAUUAUUAUCAUUGUUGAUUUUGUCUUUUAUAUUUAAUAUCCUGUUUCUCUCAGCCUCCACCCUUUUAAUUUUUGUUUUUUGUUUGUAUUUCGGUCCUCAUGGUCUCAGUUUAUGUUUCAUGGUUCUGUUUGAAAAAUGAAAAUGUUCCUUUAAUUCUGUUUUUACGGAGUUUUUUGUUUUUAUUUGUCUUUUUCCAUUUGCUCUACGACUGCAGGUCAGAGGACUUUGUAAACGUCUGUUUUUGAAAAGUGCUACACAAAUAAACUUAUUAUUGUUAUUAUUAUUAUUAUUAUUUUAUUUAUUUAUUUUUUAUUAUUAUUAUUAUUAUUAUUUAUUAUUAUUAUUUUAUUAUUAUUAUUAUUAUUUUAUUAUUAUUAUUAUUAUUUUUAUUAUUAUUAUUAUUAUUAUUAUUAUUUUAUUAUUAUUUUAUUAUUAUUAUUAUUAUUUUUAUUUUUAUUAUUAUUUUAUUAUUAUUAUUAUUAUUGUUAUUAUUAUUAUUAUUUAUUUAUUUAUUUUUUAUUAUUAUUAUUAUUGUUAUUAUUAUUUUCUCUACUGUGGACUUUUAUGUCCUACAGUCAGACCAAAGUCAUCGAUAACAGAAUGAUGGAUCUCUCUUGUUCAGGCCGCCGGACUCUGAAGUCCUCCUGACCCCCCGCUGACCCUGAUCUGAGUCUUCACUGAAAGGACCAAAAUACGACUUCCUGUAAAUCCAGAACCAGGUCCGCUCACAUGGACCCAUCAGAACCUUCGUCACGUUGGAGGACGGCUGUCAGAUCAGGAAGAACUUUCCAGAGACGCAGAGGACUUAAAAACCUCAGGACUGAGCACUAAGUCCAGGACCCUGAAGGACCUGAAGGGGGAUCACAGAGUCCAGCCGAGUUUACUGAACGUCUUUUUCUUAAAUUCUCUUUCAAACAUCGAAAUUAAUUGAGUCUGAACAGAUCCACCUUUAAAACUCUUUAACGACUGAAAUGACUAAUUAGGGUCAGAGGUCAGGACUCUUUUUUUUGGAGCUGAAAGUUUUUUUGAUUUACUUUAAAAACCAACAAAAUCAAAAUGUCCGUAAAAUUUAACAAAUAUAUUUAUUGAUCUUCUUUGAUUCAUUCGAUGUUUUUGGAAACUGAUCAACUACAAGAGGACGUUUGGAUGGUUUAUCAGACUGUUUUCAUGUGUUUUUUAAAUAACGUAUUGAUCGUAUUGAUUUAAUCAAAGUUUAUUAAAGUAUAAAUAUAUAAUAUGACAGAAAAGGCGAUAAAGGGUCACCAAAAAUACUUUCACUUCAUCUAAAACCACUUCCUGCUGCUGGGCCAGGUCUGCACUCAAGAUAAGAUCGCAUCAAAGUCCAAAAAUCAGACUAACGUCUCCAACCACAGAAGACUCCAUCAGAACACCAACCCUGCUGAGAGGACCGGGUCUGACCCACUUCAGUCCAGAACACCCUCCUCUCUCUGAAACACACCGACUCUGUCUGAGCGACUCAGAGAUCGUCUCUACGGUGAUAAACUCUGAAACGGAUCAGCACCAGAAGAACCUCUGACCUUGUAAACUUCUCCGUACGUUCCUCCUCCGACUCUCAGCAGGAUCUCAAAGUCGUCCUGAGGGUUCCUGGUGGAAAUGUCCAGAGCGGUCCGGUUUGAGAGAUCCAUUUGAAGUCUCUAAUUUUCCUCCUCAGGCAUGUCACACACACUCGCUCUCUCUCACACACACACACACACGAGGAGACACACACAGAGACACACACAGAGAUACACACACACACACACCGACACGCUCAGAAACUCAAGAGGCAGAGAAACUGUGAGAGGAAACCAGCCGCAGAGAAAACACACUCUGACUGUGUGUGACGAGUGUCAUUCAGCAGCUGCCACACACACACACACACACACACACUCACACACACACACUCACACUCACACACACGUACACACACACACACAUACGCACACACACACGUACGCACACACACAAAUACAUAGGCACACCUUCCUGUUUCUGUUUCUCAGGUUGCCUCCUCUCUCUCUCUCUCCCUCUCUCUCUCUCUCUCUCUCUCCCUCCCUCUCUCUCUCUCUCUCUCUCUCUCUCUCUCUCUCUCUCUCUCUCUCUCUCUCUCUCUCUCUCUCUCUCUCUCUCUCUCUCUCUCUCUCUCUCUCUCUCUCUCUCCCUCUCUCCCUCUCUCUCUCUCUCUCUCUCUCUCUCUCUCUCUCUCUCUCUCUCUCUCUCUCUCUCCCCCCCCCCCCCCCCCCCAUAUAUUUGCGUGUGUUCAUCUGUUUCCUGUUGGGUGUGUGUGUGUGUUUGUGAGUUAAACGCAGACAGGAGGAGAGAGUUGAAGCUUUUUUCAGACUUUACAGAUUUUUGUAUUUUUCCCCUUUUGUGUGUCUUUUGUGCAUCAUGUUUGUGUUUGUGUGCACACCUGUGUGUGUGUGUGUGUGUGGGGGGGGGGUGCAUGUGAUGCCAGUUGAUGUUGCAGUCGUGCUUUUGGGGAUUUUCAUUGUGAGUUUCACUUGCAGCUUCACGCCUGUUGGAACAGUGUUGGUGUGUGUGUGUCUUUGUGUGUGUGUGUGUGUGUGUGUGUGUGUGUGUGUGUGUGUGUGUGUGUGUGUGUGUGUGUGUGUGUGUGUGUGUGUGUACUCGUGCUCGGAGCUCCCUGUCAGCUUCCUGUUGUGAAGCGUUUCCCUGCAGAUGAAUUUAGGGCACCUCGACAUCCUGUCGAACAGAUCUGAUCAGCUGAGCGCCUUCAUCAUCAUCAUCAUCAUCAUCAUCAUCAUCAUCAUCAUCAUCAUCAUCAGCUCAGUCAGGACCUGCUGCCUCAUUAUCUCUGCUGUCAUCUGAUUGGAUAGAGGUGUCCUGAUAGGCUUCUCUGAUUGGCUGUCUGACAGCGGUCUCAGGAGGGUGGUGCAGACCGAUGAGGGGUCCUCGGGUCACUUUAAGACGAGCUCCUGACCGUCCACACUGUCCGCUGGUUCAGUCUUUAGAGACACACGGAGACAAACGAGCCGACGCUCACAGAGGAGUGAGAGGAGGAGCUUCAGAGGAGGAGCUUCAGAGGAGGUCAGGAGAUCCGAUCUGAAGGUGGACUCAAAGGUUACAGCAGCUUCAUCCUUGACCUUUCUCCUCCAUCUUCUUCUUCUGUCUGCAGACGACCCGUCCUCCUGCCCUCACUCUCAUCUCUGCCACAUGGUUCCUGAACGCCCACAUGUGACAGACGACAGCAGCAGCCAGAAAAACCACAAAGAAGAACUGCCUGAACCUCAGCUCAGCCCUCAGAGGAGGAACCACCGGGUCAGGCACAGAAAACCGGCUCUGAGGAGGAGGAGGAGGAGGAGGUGAGCGAGAGAGAGAGAGAGAGAGAGACGGCUCUCUAUAUCCAAACAUGUUCACAGCUGGUCUCCCUCAUGAAGAUCUGACACGUUUACACCGACAUCCUCGUCCAGUUUGCAGUUUUAUUGGGGUCCAGAUUAGAUCCUUACAUGACCACCAGAGGGCAGCAGAGACCGCCCAGCCAAUGACGAACUUGUUAUGGAAACAAAUGAAUUUACAGCUACAGCAGAGAUGAUGUGGGACGCCAACAACAGACUAUAAAUGCAGUGAAACAACUUCAGAGUUCAGUAAGAAAAGAGAAAUUUGAUCCUGAAGAAAAACACUGAAAUAACUGAACUACCAAUCAAACUGUCGGAUGUUCACUCACAACUUCACAGCUCCACCUGAUCUUCACUGAUGAACUGAAAGAAAAUAUCAUAACGAAGCACUUGGAGGCGUGUUUUAAAAAAGCUGUUCCACGACUUAAAGAAGUCAAAGAAAAUAAAGAUUACAGAUAAUGAAGAGACAUUAACCAAGAGGCAUGCUGUAGUGAAGAAUAAAAUGAUCUGGAGAUGUUCUCUGGUGAAAACCACCAUCUUGUUCUUCACUACAGCUAACCGUCGGUAUCUUCUCAAACCGCCGUAUCGUGUUUGUUCCUGACUGACUGCUGCUGGACAGUGUUGUGCUGCAUUUUGAGGUCCUGCUUACACCGUAGGUCACACUCUAACUCUCAGUGCCGGUAGACUGAGCCACAGUGCCACCUGCUGGUUGGGAAAUUACCCACCAAAUCUAUCCGAAAAUCUUUGGCUUCGCCACAGGGCGAGAAUAAAAAACCCACGCAGUAUUUUUUGGUGCUCAUAGGAAGAAGAAAACGUGGACUUCUAAAUAAAGAGUCACACAAAGGCUUUCUGUCUCAUUAAGAGUUUUUUUAAGAGCACACAGUCUUUACACAUGAACACAACUGUCUUUGUCAAACACACACUGAUUAGAGGGUUUCAGACCAACAGACUCGUUUUCAAACUAGAUCCUUGCUGGUAAAAUAUUAACUGAAAAGAGGAGAUGAACAAAAAGACGAAACUGAACUUCACAUGAUUUAGAAAGAAAGAAGAAGCAGAAAAAUGAGGCACUAAAAUAGAGAAACAAAGAUUAUAACAAGUUCAUGUCAGUGAACAACACUUUAGUCAAGUGUCUGCAGAGGGUUAGAUUUGUAGGUGGUCAUGUGAUCAGCAGGUACAGACAGGUGAGUCUAAUCAAACAGGAUUUGAACCUGAUUUGAAACCAUUUUCUCUCCAUAGCCCCCCAGUAUUCCUGAUAUCCACCAGUGUCUGCGGUCUGGUCCUUCUGAUGGUGUUCGGUUGGUGCUCAGCGUGUUUGUCUUUAAUCUUCUUCUGCACAUUGGACUGAAGAAAAGCAUCACACCAGUCUACAGGUCCAUUGACCACAGGACCACGGGUAUAUUUGUGGUCAUGAAGGAGGUUGACCAUUACCGACCCAUCAGUAAAGUUUAAGAUGAGUCUGUUUCCAUGCCGACUGCAGGAUCCAUGAGUGUACAGAAUGUAAAAAGGAGAGGACAACAUCCUGAGGAGAUCCAGUUCAUGUCAUCAUCUCCCUGACGUUCAUCCAUUCACCCUGACUCCUCUCUGUGCUCUGGAUGUGAAGAAAAUAAACAACAUUUCCUUCAUGACAAACUUUAUUUCUGACAGACGGCGAGGAAAAACCUCCACGCCUACUUUUACAGGGUAGAAUCAAAGACUUCCAUCUUAAAUACUGACCUGCAGAAAUGACCGUUUCAUCGUAAAGGG